UAGUGAGCUUAUAGAGGAGCUGGAGGGGAAGUGUCAGAAGCCAGCGAGUGAAUUCCUGCAGGUGUGAGAUGGGGCAAUUCCAGCCACCAGAGGAGAUUUCUCUUGAACUGGAAGAACAAGUCAGGGGUUUCUCCCAGAAAAUGAUUGCACUGUUGGAGACUCUGAGGGAGUUCAAAGACACUCUGCCCUCUACACUGGAGCGAGCAAGAGGAAAAUUCCUGGGAGCUUUCAGACAGGGCUGCAGAACACCCAUGUCUGUCUCUAGCUUAGUCCCUGGCUUACAGAGCCAGGAAGAGAAAAUGGCUGUGGCAGAGCCGGUGAGCUUCGAGGAGGUGGCUGUUUAUUUCACUGAGGAGGAAUGGGCUCUGCUGGACCCAGGCCAGAGAACCCUCUUCAAGGAUGUGAUGCAGGAGAAUUAUGAGGCUGUGAGCUGGCUGGGAUUUCCAGUCUUCACAACUCAUGUGAUCUUCUGGGUGGACCGAAGGGAAGAGCUGCGGAUCCCAGCUCUCCAGGGCAGUGAGGAAGGGGACAUCAGCUGUGACACCCGUGCAGGUGAUGGGAUGCUGAGUGAGAACCAGGAGAAGAAUCUUCAAUGGCUGCUUGUGGGAUGUUAUUGGGUAGAGCUCAAGGGCAUGAUUCUCAGAGUCUUGAGCAAGGAGAGACCUGUAAGAGUCAGUGCAGCCCACACAGGUUGCAGGGAAACCAUCCAGGAGAGGGGCAGGGUAAAUCCAGUCACAGAAGCAGAGGUUUAAAAACAAACACAAAAACUGUUCAACAGAAAAUCCCCCAUCAACAGUCACCCUGCGCUAGCAGUGACACUGCAACUCUUAUUACACAUGAAAGAGCCCACACAGG